AUGGCAGAUAUCAAGAUCGACGGAAAGCUCUUCCAGGAGCGCGUCAAUCAUUUCAUCACCUCCUGGAAAACCGACAAACGCGCCGGCGAUCAGGUCUUCAAUGGCGUUGCCUCCAUCGUCAUCAUGAUGGGCAAGGUUGAGGAGAACCCCGAAUUUCACAAGAACAAUGCCAUGCACUUCUGGUUACUUGGCUACGAAUUUCCGACUACACUCAUGCUUUUCACUAUCGAUUGCCUCUACAUUGUAACGACUGCAAAGAAGGCUAAACACUUGGAGCAACUCAAGGGCGGCAGAUUCCCUAUCGAAGUCUUAGUGCGUGGCAAAGAUGCAGCCGAGAACGAGAAGCUUUUCGUCAAGCUUGCCGAUACCAUCAACUCAGCUGGCAAGAAGGUUGGAGUCCUUCCCAAAGACACAUCGAAGGGCCCUUUCGUCGACGAGUGGAAGAAAGUAUUUGGCGACAAAUGCAAGGAUGCUGAAGAGGUUGACAUUGCCCCCGCGCUCUCUAGUGCCGCCUUCUCUGUCAAGGACGAAACCGAACUGCGUGCGAUGCGAACCGCCUCCAAGGCCUGCGUGGCCCUGAUGAACCCAUACUUCCUCGAUCAAAUGUCGGAUGUCCUCGAUCAGGAGAAGAAGGUCAAGCACAGUGCCCUCGCCAACAAGGUCGACCAGAAGCUCGAUGACACCAAAUGGUGGAAGACAGUAGAACUACCUAAUAAGCAAAAGCUGCCUUCUGACUUCGAUCCCAGCCACCUUGAUUGGUACCUUGGUCCGUCGAUUCAGAGCGGUGGCAAGUACGAUUUGAAGUUCCAGCAAGAGUCGACCAACGAUAACUUGCACGCCGGUAUCAUCAUUGCGGGCAUGGGGAUGCGCUACAAGUCUUAUGGGUCUGCGAUCGCCCGAACUUUCCUGGUCGAUCCGAACAAGACCCAGGAGAGCAACUACAAACUCCUCUUCGCUGUCCACAACCUUGUUCUGAAGGAGAUUAGAGACGGCGUGACUGUCAGUGACGUCUACAAGAAGGCCCUUGGUCUGAUCAAAUCCAAGAAGCCCGAGCUCGAAAAGCAUUUCCUCAAGAACGUGGGUGCUGGUAUUGGUAUUGAGAGCAAGGAUCCUACUUUACUACUCAACGCCAAGAACAGCAGAACUCUGAAGGACGGCAUGACACUCUGUAUUACUACUGGAUUCCAGGACAUCGAGAAUCCUCAGCCUCAGGACAAGCUUAGCAAGACUUAUUCUUUAGUCAUUACCGAUACUGUUCGUGUCACUUCCAGCGACCCGGUUGUCUUCACUGGCGAUGCUCCCACCGAGCUUGACGCCACUUCCUUCUUCUUCAAGGACGAGGAGGAGGAGAAGCCUACCCCCAAGAAGGAGAAAAAAGACCCUCGAGUUGGUGCAGUUGCCACUAAAAACAUCACCAAUACCAGGCUCAGAUCCGAGCGCACGACUCAGGUCAACGAAGAAAGUGAUAAGAAGCGUCGCGAGCACCAAAAGCAACUGGCUUUGAAGAAGCAGAAAGAAGGGUUGGCGAGAUUUGCCGAGUCCACCAGCGGCCAGAAUGGUGCCGAGGUGAAGAAGUUCAAGAAGUUUGAAUCGUACAAGCGAGAGAACCAGCUACCAUCCAAAGUGAAGAACUUGGAAAUCUUCAUUGAUGAGAAGAAUGGAACAGUGAUCCUUCCUGUUAUGGGCCGUCCCGUUCCUUUCCAUAUCCAUACCAUCAAGAACGCCAGCAAGAACGACGAAGGCGAAUGGUCAUUCCUUAGAAUCAACUUCCUGUCCCCAGGCCAAGGUGUUGGUAGGAAGGAUGAUCAGCCUUUUGAAGAUCCUGGCGCUCAGUUCGUCCGUAGCUUGACCUUCCGAUCAUUGGACGGUGAUCGAUAUGAGGAGAUAGCAACUCGUAUCUCAAACAUGAAGAAAGAGGCUACCAAGAAGGAGCAAGCCAAGAAGGAGAUGGAGGAUGUCGUCGAGCAAGAUAAGCUGGUUGAGAUCAGAAACCGCCGCCCACAGGUGCUGGACAAUGUCUUUAUCCGUCCUGCCAUGGAAGGCAAGCGGGUUCCUGGAAAGGUCGAGAUACACCAGAACGGUAUCCGGUACCAGUCACCAUUGAGCAGCCAACAGAGGGUGGAUGUGCUUUUCUCCAACAUUCGACAUCUAUUCUUCCAGCCUUGUGCUCACGAGUUGAUUGUCAUCAUCCACAUACACCUCAAGGACCCCAUCAUCUUGGGCGGCAAGAACAAGAAGACAAAGGACGUGCAGUUUUACCGAGAAGCAACGGACAUUCAGUUUGAUGAAACUGGUAAUCGCAAGCGCAAGUACCGAUAUGGUGAUGAGGACGAGUUCGAGGCCGAACAAGAAGAGCGCCGCCGCCGUGCCGAACUCGACCGUCUUUUCCAGAACUUUGCGCAGAAGAUUGCCGAGGCCGGCAAGAGCGAGUCUAUUGAAGUAGACAUGCCGAUCAGAGAACUUGGCUUUAAUGGUGUUCCGUUCCGCAGCAAUGUCUAUGUUCAGCCCACAACCGACUGUCUGAUCCAGGUGACAGAACCCCCAUUCCUUGUCGUCACCUUGGAAGACGUAGAAGUUGCUCACUUGGAACGUGUGCAAUUCGGAUUGAAGAACUUUGAUCUCGUUUUUGUGUUCAAAGACUUUACUCGAGCACCAGCACAUAUCAAUACCAUUCCAGUCGAGUCUCUGGACGAUGUGAAGGAAUGGCUCGACAGCUCCGAGAUCGCCUAUACCGAAGGACCUCUCAACCUCAACUGGCCCACGAUCAUGAAGACCGUGACAGCAGACACCCACCAGUUCUUUGCAGAUGGCGGUUGGUCAUUCUUGGCCGCCGAGAGCGACGACGAGGGUGAAGAGGAGGAAGAGGAGGAGUCUGCGUUUGAGAUUUCCGAAGAGGAACUCGACGAUGCUAGUGAGUCGUCAGAGGAAGAUUCGGACUUUGACGACGAUGCCUCCGCCGAUGCUUCGGAAGAGGAGGCUUCCGACGACGAAGAAGGCGAAGAUUGGGACGAGCUGGAGAAGAAGGCCAAACGUAAGGAUCGGGAGAGCGGCCUCGAGGACGAAGACCGCAAGCAGAAGAAGAGAAGAAAGUAG